AUGCGCGCGACCCAGAAGGAAGUUGUAAAGGCGCAGUAUGAGAGAGAGCAUGAGCAUUCGGCAUCGGACCACCAUGACCGCCAUUGCCGCCCGGGGGCAUUCCAGCCAUCAUGGGACCAGCCUGAGUUACUUGAGGACCACCAGGUGCUGAUACACCUGGGUGCAUCUGUUGCAUCAUACCAGGUCCAGGAUGACCGGCGUUUGGGUGUUGACCGGCCAUUGGGUGGUGACCAGGAGGCAGGCCGUGUUGCGGCAUGCCUUGAGCGGGAAACGGUUGCGCCAUCAUCAUUGCUAGCAGGUGGAAGUCACCGCCAACGGGGAGACUUCAAAAAGAAGCGCGACGAAGAGCGGCGAGCAAGCGGCGGAUUCUAUAAAGGAUUGUCCGGGUGGGCGGGCGCGCCUGAUAAGUAUUGGGAGGCACCCGGUCUUAGCGCUUCGGAGUGGAGGCCCAGGCGGCUUAGUGUAGGAGAUGAGGAAAAAGACCGAAGCAUGGAUCGGAGGCCUCUUUGGUCACCUGCCCUCAAUGCAGGCCUCUGUCUCCUAAGAGGAGGGUAUUAG